CUUGCCAUCAAAAUUUAUGCUCGUUGAAAUCGAUUGUGAUAAGUGUCAUGAUUCUUUAUAUUGAUUGGCGACCCAUGAGUGACAGAAAGCUUUCAACAACCUCAAGGAGAAACUAAGCUCAUUUAAAGAGAGGGUUUUGAACUCACUGGGACAAUGCCUGACAUCCCAACGUCUCCCGGUUUUGAUGAAAUUGUGGUGGGAUUUGAGGAUGAAACUGAAAAAAUAACAGGCCGGCUGAUUAGAGGACCAAAAGAGCUAGAUGUUGUAUCGAUUACUGGUAUGGCUGGGCUCGGCAAGACAACUCUGGCCAGAAAGGUGUUUUGCCAUAAACCUGUUAUUGAUUGGUUUCAUUUUCGGGCAUGGUGCUGUGUCUCUCUAGAAUAUGACAAGAACCACGUAUUCCAUGAAGUUUUUAGUCAAGUUGCAGACGGUAUGAGUGAGGAUGAUACAGAUAAAGUGGUGCUUGAAAUUUUAAUGAAAAAGUGCAAAGAUGAGCAAAGCUGGGUUGAUACUGCUGAAGCCCUACGCAUGGCCCUACGGGGAAGUAUAUCUAGUACACUGCACGAAAGCAUAAUGGGGAAGUGCGAAAACACCAAGAAUUGGGAUGAUAUUGCUAAGCCGUUGUAUGAAAGCUUAAUUGUAAAUUUUGAAGACAAUAAUGUCAGAGAUGAUGCCACUGAAAUGUCUCCCAAAUUCCGAGUGGAAAGGCACAAAGACAUUAAGAUGUGGGAAGAAAUAACAAGUGCGAUAAGCCAAAGCAAAAUUGUAGACAAAAAAGACAUUAGGAGAACAGAUGAUGAAGUUCGGAAGUUGUUCAAAAGCCUACAGGAUCUAGCUGAGGUGUUGUUCAAAAACAUAAAUGAGAAUGACAGUUGGAAAGAAAUGCUGGAAACAUUAUUCAAAAGCUUAAAUGAUAUAGUUGAAACGUUGCUCAUAAGCCUAAAUAAGAAAUGCAAAGACAGUAAAAGCUGGGAUGACAACAUAGCUGAGAAGCUACGCAAGAAACUGCUAGGACAAAGAUACCUCAUUGUCUUGGAUGAUGUUUGGAGAAAAGAAGCAUGGGAUGAGUUAAGUAGAGCUUUUCCCUUGGGCGCAGAAGGAAGCAGAAUCAUCUUAACAAGUAGAGAUUAUGAAGUUGGAAAAUAUGCCAGGUCUGAUGCUGAUCACCAUCCUCUUCGUUUUUUCACUACUGAAGAGAGCCAAGAUUUACUGCAGUUAAAGCUAUCUAAAGAGAAUGUUGGCCCUCCAGAGUUAAAGGAAUUUGGGAGACAGAUAGCAGAAAGAUGUGGUGGAGUACCAUUGGUGGUUGUUUUGGUAGCUGGUAUUCUUCAAAAGAAGAUUGAAGAAAAAUACUUCUCGUGGAAUGAAUUUCUUCAAAGUUUAAGGUCACAUAUCAGGGGAGAUGAAUCUCGGAGCAUGGAUGUAAUAGCAUUGAGUUACAAGCAUUUACCUGAGCAUUUAAAGCCAUGCCUUCUUUACUUUGGGGCAUUCCCAGAGGACUAUGAAAUUCCUGUGUCCAAAUUGAUACAGUUGUGGAUGGCUGAAGGGUUUGUGAAACAAAUAGAAAAGAAGGUACCGGAGGAUGAAGCAGAGGAAUACCUGAAUCAUCUAAUUGGUAGUAACCUAAUAAUGGUUUCCACCAGGGGAUACAAUGGCAGUGUCAGAACAUGCCGUAUUCAUGAUCUGGUAGGUAGCUUUUGUCUGACAAAAGCCAAGAAAGAUAAAUUCUUGAUGCAAACAGACAGUGAACAAACCAGUCCACAGUCGGAAUUGACUUCUACUUAUGAUCGGUUUUGUUUGCUUAAAAGGACUGAUAAAUAUCUGUCUCCUGAUUCAGCUAUGUCACUUAAUCCUAGUCUUGUCACGCUUUUGUGCUUUUCAUCACAUAAUCCUAACCUUGGCACACAUUCCCUCUUUGCAUCGAUGGAUCCUUCCCUUGAUUUCUUGAUAGCUAACACAUUCAAACUUGUGAGAGUACUGGACUUGGAGUCCAUAUUUGUGGGCAAAUCAUUUUUGCCCAUGGUGGAGUUUCUCCUUUCUUUAAGGUACCUUGCUGUUUGUCUAAAAGGUUGGUGUUCAGUUCCACAGCCAUCUCUAGAGCGUCUUCACCAUCUAGAAACAUUCAAGGUGAAAUCAAGUGCAGAUUUGCAUUUACCAUUAAUGAUUUGGAAUUUAAAGGGUUUGAGACAUUUGCAUAUAGAUCACUAUUGUCAUUGGUGCCUCAAAAUGAGAAAUUCUUUCCGUAUACCCCCAAAGCCUUUAAAUCUCCAAACCUUUUCCUUCCCGGUCCUAUUGACCUCACACAUGAAUGAGCGUCUGUUGAGGAAGCUUCCUCAUCUCCGAAAACUUAGAUGCAGAUUUUCAACAUCAUGGUAUGGCAAUUGCUAUAGAUUCCCUAAGUUGGGAUUUCUUGAUCAACUUGAAUCUCUGGAAGCAUGUCACACCAGUGACCAUCUGAAUGCACCAAUCCAUUCCGCAUUUGACUUUCCACCAAGUCUCAAGGAAUUGACACUCCACAAGUUUCGCCUGCCAUGGCAUUACAUUUCAGCAAUUGCCAAGCUGCCCCGUCUUGAGUCUCUUGAACUGUUCUCAUCAUUUGAUGGUGAUCAAUGGGAUGUUGAGGAAGGGAACUUCCGCAAACUCAAGUUCUUGAGAAUAUGCGAAUCCUGGAUUGUGAGAUGGAAUGCCACUGCUGAAUGUUUUCCCAGACUUGAGCGACUGGUUGUGGCAAAGUGCAGUCAUCUUAAAGAGGUGCCAUCUGAUUUCCAAGAUAUUACUACUCUAGAAGUAAUUGAAAUUGAUCAAUGCAACAGCUCUGUUGCUCGCUCAGUCAAGAAAAUUCAGGAAGGCAUGGAGGGACUGGGAAACAAGAUAAAUGUUCGCAUACUAAAUCCUGUUCUGGGACUAGGAAAGCGUAAGUAA